AUGGGCAAGUGCUAUCCAACAGUGAGUGAAGAGUAUCAAAAAGCAGUGGAGAAAUGCAAGAGGAAGCUCAGAGGACUCAUCGCUGAAAAACACUGCGCUCCUCUCAUACUCCGAUUAGCAUGGCACUCUGCUGGUACGUUUGAUGUGCAUUCAAAGACAGGAGGGCCAUUUGGGACGAUCAGACACCCAGAUGAGUUGGCUCAUGCAGCUAACAAUGGUCUUGACAUCGCUGUCAGGCUGUUGGAACCCAUCAAAGAGCAAUUCCCCAACUUGUCUUAUGCUGACUUCUACCAAUUAGCUGGUGUUGUUGCUGUUGAAGUUACAGGAGGGCCUGAAAUUCCCUUUCACCCUGGGAGACCAGACAAGUCUAAUUCACCUCCAGAAGGUCGCUUGCCUGAUGCAACAAAAGGUUCAGACCAUUUAAGGGAUGUCUUCGGCCAUAUGGGUCUCAGUGACAAAGAUAUUGUUGCCCUAUCUGGUGGCCACACUCUGGGAAGGUGCCACAAGGAGCGUUCUGGAUUUGAAGGACCCUGGACCCCCAAUCCUCUUGUUUUCGACAACUCCUAUUUCAAGGAACUCCUCAGUGGAGAGAAAGAAGGUCUUAUCCAGCUUCCAUCAGACAAGGCUCUUCUGGAGGAUCCAGUCUUCCGUCCCCUUGUUGAAAAAUAUGCUGAAGAUGAGGAUGCCUUCUUUGCAGAUUAUGCUGAAGCUCAUUUGAAGCUCUCAGAGCUUGGAUUUGCUGAUGCUUAG